AUGUCUUUCAUUCCCCCGCCUCAUAUUCCUACCCCUCAAGGGCUGCAUUGUCCAACCUUUCAACCACCUCCUCUAGAUGGUACCCUCAGUGUCGCGCAGAUUAUUGAGUACAACGCUACUCACAGCCCCAAGCAUAGAGUUUUUGUCUUCCUGAACGAUGAUGGAAGUAUUCGGACGAUUUGCUACCCCGAGGUUUGGAGAAUGGUAACGAGAGCGGCGGGCAUUAUCGCAUGUCAUAUCAAUCGUGCCCACGAUCGUCUGGCUGCUCAGACUCGGCUUCCGGGGCAAGGGGUCACUAUCGCCAUUCUCGCUUCUGCAGAUACUAUAAGCUACUAUUGUCUCCUGGUGGCCAUGUUGCGUCUCGGAGUAAUCCCAUUCCCGAUCUCCGUUCGCAAUUCGCCACAGGCUGUGGCAAGCCUCAUCCAUCAUUCCAACGCUAUGCAGGUUUUCGUCAGCCCUGACGAUGCCAUGAACGCAUUGAUCGCGUCGGCAAACGAGUUACUUGACUCGAAGGUGGAAGUUCUAGAAAUGAUCCAAUUCGACGACGUGUGCGAUGACAAGGACGGGGAUAAUGAGGCUGCGGGAGUCGCGUUUCCGAUGAGCUUCGACCUUGAUAGCAUUGCUAUAUUCUUCCACACUUCGGGCUCCUCUAGUCUUCCGAAACAAGUCCCGUUCACUCAUCGCGCACUGCUCAGGAUUGGAAUGAGCCUCAGUUUCGGAGAGGUCGACCUUUGUGACCAUGUAUUUGGCAUGCACGCGAAUCCGUUCUUCCAUGUUUUGGCGGUUAAUGCCAUCUGCUGGAGCAUGUCAGGCGUGGUUUGUGGCGUUUUUCCGCCUUCGCGAACACCUCUCGCAGCGACUCCUGAACGCUUCCUCCAUCAUUUGAUUGGGACGAAAACGGAUGUUGUUCUAUGCGUUCCGGCAUUCAUCGAGGCCUGGUUCCGCGAUCCUGCCUCUACAUCUGCAUUGAAAUCAUUCCGGUUUAUCAUAUACGCUGGUGGUGGACUGUCCAAAUUCGUUGGGAACGAACUUGUACGCUCGGGUACGGUACUCAUAUCCACAUACGCUUGUACGGAGGCCUGCAAUAUAAGCAUGGGCAUACCUUCCAAAGUUCUUUCUGACGAAUGGGAAUACUUCAAAUUCUCUCCACAACCAACAGUAGAACUGCACGCACAGGAAGGGCCUGGAAUGGACGACGUAUUUGAGUUAGUUGUCGUUAACAACGGGUACUACUCAACGAACGUCACAAACUGCAAGGCUGCCAACGGAACCCCUGCGUAUAAUACUCGGGAUCUUCUGCAGCGUCAUCCCACGAAGCCCUGGUUGUGGAGAGUAUUCGGGCGUUCCGACGAUCAGAUUACGCACUCUAAUGGCGAGAAGACGAACCCAGUGCCCUUAGAAAGUAUGCUUAUGCAGGACCCAAACAUCGCCACAGCUGUUAUCUUCGGUCAUGGCCAACUUCACUGCGGUGUACUCGUCGAGCCAGAACAACCGUUCGAAGCCGAUUCACAGGAUUCCGAGGAAGUCAUCCGGUUCAAAAGCAUGAUUUGGCCUAUCAUCGAUCGCGUGAAUGAAUUUGCACCAGCCCACUCGCGAAUUUUUAAAGAGAUGAUACUGGUGUCGAAGUCCUCAAAGCCCAUAGAACAUACUGCCAAGGGAACAGCCCGACGCCGUCCGAUGCUCGAACUGUACAAAGAGGAGAUUUCGGCUUUAUAUUCGUCGUUCGCCGACAGUUCGCAGAACGAUAUCGCUCCGCCGUCACGCUGGGGUGAUUCUGAGGGCCUUGAGUUCGUCAGGAAACUGGUGGCCCGUGCAAUGACUACGAAGCUCAAAGAUGACGAGGACAUCUUCCAACGAGGAUGUGACAGCUUGCAGGCAAUGUAUAUCCGGAACGCGAUCGUCAGAGCUCUACGCAGGACGACACAUAUGGAUACGCAACAUGUUCCUUCUGACUUAGUCUACAGCCAUCCGACCAUAUCCUCUCUUGCUGCCGCCAUCGACCCAAAGACUCUCGCUACCCAGCGAGGACAUGUCGUUGACGAUAGAAUUGAAGUGAUGACAGCUAUGGUCGAACAAUACUCCUCUCAGUUCUCCAGACAACGCACCGUAAACCCUGCGGAAGACGAUUUUCUCAGCGACGAUCGUGUGGUUGUAGUCACUGGCACGACAGGACGCCUGGGCAGUCACAUCCUAUCACAGCUCCUAGCAGACACGUCGGUGAUCACCGUCUAUGCGCUGAAUCGGGGACCGCUUUCGAAGAUUCUUCAUCGUCAAGAGGCGGCGUUUGACCGAUGGAAGCUGGACGGAAGCGCUCUGAAGAACUCGAAGCUCGUACUACUAGAGGCCGACCUCUCUCGACCGGACCUCGGUAUUUCUAACGACGUACAUGCCGAGAUGAUUAAACGAGCCACGAUCAUCAUACAUUCCGCCUGGCAGGUCAACUUUAGGGUCCCUCUCACUGCUUUCGAGCAGUCUGUCGCGGGCGUAUGCAACCUCGUCAAUUUCUCGCUUGGUACUCCGCGCUCGGUUCAUCCGAAGAUACUAUUUACAAGUUCCAUCUCUGUGUUGAGCGGCGCACCGUCUGGAUCAAUCGUCAGAGAAUCAGCCAUCACAGACCCAGUGACCGCAGUAGGAAGCGGUUACGCGGAAAGCAAGUGGGUGGCCGAAACCUUACUUCUCAAGGCUGCAGACGUACUCGGUGCUCGUGUGACGAUUGUACGAGUUGGCCAACUUUGUGGGGACCGAGCUCAGGGCGGAUGGAACGAGACGGAAUGGGUCCCUGCCCUCGUGCGCAGCGCACAAGAACUCGGCGUGUUGCCAUCCAGGGACGAGAAAAUCACUUGGCUUCCGGUAGACGUGGCCGCAUCUGCGCUGUUGGAGAUGGCCGGUUCAACGGAGGCGAUUCUACACCUCAUUCAUCCCUCACCCAGCAACUGGAGUCUCUUCUCCGAUACUACUUCGGCGAUUUUAGGCAUACCUUCUGUUCCGUACCGGGACUGGAUUGCUUCCCUGCAGAAGGCCUGGGUCGAAUCAUCGGACUCCGACAAAGCGAUGACCAACAUCCCAGCUCUGCACCUCGUCGACUUUUUAGCGGAGUAUACUGAAGCGGCCAAACUUUCUGUAGAACGCGCUACGGUCGUCUCCCGGAGCCUGAAAGAGGCGAGGAGAUUAGAUGAAGAGGAUGUGAAGCUGUGGGUUGCGUAUUGGAGGAGUAGAGGAUUCUUGAAGUCUGACGCUUCCGCGCCUGCUGCUUGAGAGGAUUGGUUUUCCCGGGAUGUCUCGUAUAAUGCUUGGCUGUGUAGUGCAAAAUACUCGAGUACGUAGUUUCGCAGAUUUUGUUGUGUAUACGCGCCGUGGAAUAGAAUCGUAUGUUACGGAUUUCCGUCACAUCAU